AUGUCUUCUUUACGUUUCUUAGUUCAACUGAUUGUCCUAGGUUUUGCUUUUAAUCAUGCAAAUGGACAAGGUUUGGAAGUAGGGUUUUACCAAAAAACAUGUCCGGAUCUUGAAUCUAAAGUCAAAGAGGUUGUAGAUCAAGUGAUCUCAGUGGCACCUAGUCUUGCAGCUCCUUUGCUAAGAAUGCAUUUUCAUGAUUGUUUCAUUAGGGGCUGUGAUGGAUCAGUGCUUUUGGAGUCUCCAACCAAUCAAUCUGAAAAAUAUGCUAUUCCCAAUCUAAGCCUGAGAGGAUUUCAAAUUAUAGAUAAAGUCAAGACUGCAGUAGAAAAGGCAUGCCCUAUGGUGGUUUCAUGUGCUGACAUAUUAGCUCUAGUAGCUAGGGAUGUUACGGUCGCGAUAAAAGGACCCUUUUGGGAAGUUGAGACUGGGCGAAGGGAUGGAAGAGUGUCUAUUUUGAAUGAAGCCUUGACAGGAUUAUUACCACCUUCUGCAAACAUUAGUACCUUAAAACAAGGAUUUCAGCAGAGGGGUUUAAGUGUCAAGGACCUUGUAGUGUUAUCAGGUAGUCACACUAUUGGGAUUUCCCAUUGUUCGUCCUUCAGCAAUCGCCUCUACAACUUCACCGGACAGAAUGAUACCGAUCCCACAUUGGAUCCCAACUACAUCGUCAAACUCAAAAUGAAAUGCAAGCCAGGAGACCAGAAUUCCAUUGUGGAAAUGGAUCCAGGAAGUGUCAGGACAUAUGAUGAAUCUUAUUACACACUUGUGGCCAAAAGAAGAGGACUCUUCCAAUCAGAUGCAGCUCUUUUAGAUGACUAUGAAACAAAAUCCUAUCUCAAAUCUCAAGCUCUUAACCAUGGACCUACUUUCUUCAAGGAUUUUGGUGAAUCCAUGGUGAAAAUGGGUCGGAUCGGGGUCCUUACGGGCACAACAGGGGAAAUCAGAAAAGUUUGCACUGAGGUUAACUGA